AUGCCAUCUUUGUCUCAGCCAUUUCGAUUAGCAACUCUUCCGAAAAUUGCUUCCUUGAGCAAUUUCUCUUUACAAGCGGAUUAUGUUCAAGUUGCAGACGGUACCUUCAAUGAAUCCACGAAUAACAUAACGCUAGGUAUUUCCGGAUCAUCCAUAUCUCAAUAUAUUAUUAAUCCAACACCAAAAUUAACGUUUGACUACCCAAUACCCUCUACAAACGUUAUUACUGCAUGCAGUGCCGCGGAAGUUCAAGUUAACGUUGAGGAAGAUUUAAAGAUUAGCAAUGACGACAGUAAUGACGAAGAAAAAGCUGCCAACUCACAAACAAAAAGGAAUAUUGAAAUCUGGUCAUUUGGAUCAAUGGUAAACAAGGGUAAUUACACAUUAAAUGUUACCACUAAAAUGCUAGAAAGUAAUAAAAAUACCUCAAAUGAGCACUUGGUUGAGGAUAGUAUUGACAGCAGGAGGCAUGCAGGCGCGGAUGACUUCUUAUCCCAGCACAAGAUCAAAACGAAAGCCAAAGUUAUGAAUAUCAAAAUUGACGCCAAAAAUAGCUUAAUAAUUGCCGUUUUGCAGAAUGGUUUGAUUGAAUUUUAUGACUUAAAACUAAAACUUUUAUAUUCGUUUGACAUUUCAUAUGAUAACUUGAAAUAUGCUAAGUGGUUUACUGAAAAUGGCACUGAUUUUGUUUUUGUCUUGUGUCCAUUGGAGGAUGAUAAAGUUUGCUACAAAAUGCUCGAAUUAUCAGAUUUUGAGAGCAAGGACAAUUCACCUAUAAAAGAGCUAUCAUCUACAAUCAUCGAAGGAUUCUCUUUCGAAAGCUCUAAGCUUUGUUACCAGUUCGGUAAGCUUUAUAAAUUGAACCAAGGUAAGAUAUACGUUUAUUCUUUGCCACAUUGCCAAUUACAGCAAAUCAUUGAGCUUCCAUUAAUCAAUAAAUCCAAUUCUGAAGACGAUUUGAUCUCUUUUCAACCUGUUUCAGUAAACAGAAUUUUAUUGACUGUGAACAACAUCAUUUACCUGCUAGACUUAUUGCAUUGUUCUAUUUUGAACCACAGAGAAUUAACCCAUGUCAAAACUUUCCAACUAUUAAAAUCUGCAUUGAUUGAUUCUGAGAAAUCACAUAAUUCAAAAACUAUAGCAAUUGGUAUCUCAACGAAGAAUGGUCCAAAUCCAACUUCCUCCUUGGAAAUAAUCAAUAUUGAUGUAGGAACUAAUACAUUGAAGGAUUCAUUAGGUAAAAGCUUUCAAGUAGGAAAAAAUGAUGCUUCUGUCAUUUUAAAACCGUUAUUCGAUGAUGAGGACGUAACUAACAACAUGGUGAAACGUAACGACAUUGAUGGGAACAUUAAUGUACCAAUCUUUCACUACGAUGAAGUCAUUGAGAAGCUCUCAGUCCUCAAAAAUAAUGACAUUGCUUCGUUCGAUGAAAUCUUUUUCAACGACUUGAAAGUCAAAGAAGAGCACUAUACCGAAAAAGAUAGGUUUAUUUCUGACCCUGGAUUCUUGAACAAAGUGUUAGAUCUAAUUUUUCUAAAAUUUGGCGGAAACGACUAUCCUAAGGCUUUAACAUUUCUUCUUACCCAUCCACUGUUCCCACUGAAUCGCACACAUGGCUUGUUAUCUCUUUUGAGGGACCAACCAAGGUUGUUUAAACAGGCAAUUGUAACGUGCCCCAAUUUACCAUUGAACGAAUUGCUUGAGGAAUUGUUUUCUAUUAGAAACAGAGAGCUAUUAUUAGACAUCUCGUUUAGAGUUUUGCAAGACUUCACAAGAGACUCUAUCAAACAAGAAAUGAAAAAACUAAGCAAGCUAGACAUCCAAAAUUUCAUUGAAUGCAUAACAAACACCGAAGAAGAUGGUCCAUUAGAAGGAUUCAAUCAUAAUCACAGUUCGCAGUUAUUCCAACUGCUGUCGCUAGUCCUGGAUUCCAUCGGGCUAUUUUCAUUAGAAGGCGCCCUUUUGGAGAACCUGACAUUAUAUAUCGAUAAACAAGUGAAAAUUGCUGAAAGAAAUACAGAAUUAUGGAACCUAAUUGACAUAAAGGGUUCACAGCACGGGUUUGCUACUUUGAGUUCUGGCAGUACAACUUCUCAAAAACAAGCCCUACCUGCCUACGCCAUGGAAUAUUUGGACAUUUAG